UACUGCUGCUUCUUUAGAAAGUUUCACUAUGGCUCAGAGCGUUCUGAAACUUGUUGCUAAAGUCCCUGGGUUGGUUGGAGCCGCUGUCACAUACUCCAAACCCCGACUAGCGACCUUCUGGCACUACGCCCGGGUCGAGCUGGUUCCUCCGACACCUGCUGAGGUCUCUAAAGCCAGCAAUGCUGCCUCAGGGCUGGUCAAGAGCUAUCAGUCUGGACGUCUGGGACAGACCACAGUUAAAGAUGCCAUAAGGAACGGAUUAGUCACCACUGAGGUGCUGAUGUGGUUCUUCAUUGGAGAGUGCAUCGGCAAAGGAGGCAUAGUUGGAUACGAUGUCUAAAAAUCAUGAACUUUUUUCUCUCCUUUUGCACUUCUUACUUUCUCAAUACCAUAAGCAAAUUUUUUUUAUAUAAAUAAAUAUUAAUCGUACA